AUGGCCCUGGCACUGCAUCAUGGUCCUGGCACUGCAUCAUGGCCUUGGACCCCAGAGGAAAAUACCCCAAACCCCAGGACCCCAGAGGAAAAUACCCCAAACCCCACGACCCGAGGAAAAUACCCCAAACCCCAGGACCCCAGAGGAAAAUACCCCAAACCCCAGGAACCCAGAGGAAAAUACCCCAAACCCCACGACCCGAGGAAAAUACCCCAAACCCCAGGACCCCAGAGGAAAAUAGCCCAAACCCCAGGACCUGAGGAAAAUACUCCCAAACCCCAGACCCCAGAGGAAAAAUACAAUUCCCCAAACCCCAGGAUCCCAGAGAGGAAAAAUACCCCAAACCCCAGGACCCUAGAGGAAAAUAAUUCCCAAACCCCAGGACCCCAAGAGAAAAUACCUCAAACCCCACGACCCCUGAGAGGAAAAUACCAAAUCCCACGACCCAGAGGAAAAUACCCAAACCCCAGGACCGAGGAAAAUACCCCAAACCCCAGGACCCCAGAGGGCACACCCCAAACCCCAGGACCCCAGAGGAAAAUACCCCAAACCCCAGGAACCCAGAGGAAAAUACCCCAAACCCCACGACCCGAGGAAAAUACCCCAAACCCCAGGACCCCAGAGGAAAAUACCCCAAACCCCAGGACCCCAGAGGAAAAUACCCCAAACCCCAGCAUCUCAGAGGAAAAAUAA